UCAAAAAUAUUGUUGUUCGGUUCUCACCAUGAACAUCCCCCGCCAAAGUCAGUUUCUGUACAAAGGUCUUUGGACUCCCGAAGGCGACGAUGUGUUGGUAGACACACUGAUACGCCUGAAGAAUGAGACUAUGUGGACUCUCGAUGAGUUCCCAAGCUACUUCCUGCUCACUGCCAUGAAGGAGAUAGAAAGGAAGGUGGGGACAAGCUAUACUGAGUGGGACUUGAAAACUCGAGUUAAGAUUUUGUUGCUGCGUUACCGGACCUUUAAGGAGGUCACCGCUCAUCAAGGUACGCACUAUAACAGGCCGGAGAAGAUCGUCACCGCCGAUGAUGAUGUUUGGAAGGAGAUCUUUGAGAAAAACACCUAUGCAAGAGCGUACUACUACGAACAUGAGCCAAUAUGGAGUAAGCUUGCAAUGUUGUUCGGCAUGGACGACGUCAAAUUGGAGCAGUCUCCGACGGUGAUCAUCAUCUCGGACACCACCGUGGCCGAACCAUUUGGAGAUGGGGAUGUGGAAGUCAAUUCACCCGCUAUCUUCCCUACAUCCAAAGUCAAACGCAAGCUUUUCGUUGAUGAGGGUGGUGUUUCUGAUCGUGAAUCGACAAACCAGCCACCCAAUCCUCUUAUCAAAGUCGGAGCAGAUGUAGUAGUAGUGAACCGUUUGGCUAAGAGCAAGAACUAUGCCAAAAACUCAGCACCCCGCCAAGCGGCUGAAACUCCUCAGCGUGCAAGUCCACUCCCAAGUUCUUGUGCGUCGUCCUCUCCGGCUGCAUGGUGGCGCCAUCCUGAAGUUUGAAGUUCGACCUCGAUGAGGAGGCACGUGCUAGUCCAACUUAUAUAAAAUAUGAAUAUGGGGGCUAAGAAGUAGUAGCUUUGCAUUCCACUUUUUUUGUCUUGUUUCCAAUAUGCCUUCUUCACUAUGCAUAUGUAACAGUUUGGGUUCCUAAAACAUCGUAUGGUGUUUGAAUUUUUCACUGAACCAGGGAAUGAAGUUUUAUAAUUUGGUAUG